GAGCUAUUUUGAAAGUGACCCUGGGCUGGGGCGCCGGGGCGAGCGCGGCGGCGCGGAACCAUGACAGAAGAUGACCGAGGCGGCGCUGGUGGAGGGCCAGGUCAAGCUGCGGGACGGCAAGAAGUGGAAGAGUAGGUGGCUGGUGCUGCGCAAGCCGUCGCCCGUGGCAGACUGCCUGCUGAUGCUGGUCUACAAGGACAAGUCGGAGCGCUCCAAGGGCCUGCGGGAGCGCAGCAGCCUGACGCUAGAGGACAUCUGCGGGCUGGAGCCCGGCCUGCCCUACGAAGGCCUGGCCCACACGCUGGCCAUCGUCUGCCUGUCCCAGGCUGUCAUGCUGGGCUUCGACAGCCACGAGGCCAUGUGUGCGUGGGACGCCCGGAUCCGCUAUGCGCUAGGCGAGGUGCACAGGUUCCAUGUGACAGUGGCUCCAGGCACCAAGUUGGAGAGCGGCCCGGCCACCCUGCACCUCUGCAAUGACAUCCUCGUCUUGGCCAGGGACAUCCCCCCGGCUGUUACGGGGCAGUGGAAGCUAUCUGACCUCCGGCGCUACGGGGCCGUGCCGAGCGGAUUCAUCUUUGAAGGCGGGACCAGGGGCUGGUGUCUUCUUCCUGUCCUCGGCCGAGGGGGAGCAGAUCAGCUUCCUGUUCGACUGCAUCGUCCGAGGCAUCUCCCCCACCAAGGGCCCCUUUGGGCUGCGGCCGGUUCUCCCAGACCCAAGUCCCCCGGGACCCUCGACUGUGGAGGAGCGCGUGGCCCAGGAAGCCUUGGAAACCCUGCAGCUGGAGAAGCGGCUGAGCCUCCUCUCGCAUGCAGGCCGGCCGGGCAGUGGAGGGGAUGACCGCAGCCUGUCCAGCUCAUCCUCGGAGGCCAGCCACUUGGACGUCAGCGCCAGCAGCCGGCUCACCGCGUGGCCAGAGCAGUCCUUGUCGUCGGCCAGCACGUCGCAGGAGGGGCCUAGACCAGCAGCUGCCCAGGCCCCCGGGGAAGCCAUGCUGGGUGCCUCAAGGCCACCCCCCAAGCCGCUGCGGCCACGGCAGCUGCAGGAGGUCGGCCGCCAGAGCUCCUCGGACAGCGGCAUCGCCACUGGCAGCCACUCCUCCUACUCCGGCAGCCUCUCGUCCUAUGCGGGCAGCAGCCUGGACGUGUGGCGGGCCACGGACGAACUGGGCUCACUGCUCAGCCUGCCAGCAGCCGGGGCGCCCGAGCCCAGCCUGUGCGCCUGCCUGCCUGGGGCCGUCGAGUACCAGGUGCCCACCUCCCUGAGGCCCCACUACGACACACCACGCAGCCUUCGCCUGGUUCCCAGGGACCACAGCCCUGCCUCGCAGGGCAGCCCCGGCGACAGUGCGGCCGGGGACUCAGGCGGCCAGACGUCCGCCGGGUGUCCCUCUGGCUGGCUGGGCACGAGACGGCGGGGCCUGGUGAUGGAGGCCCCCCAGGGCAGCGAGGCCACACUGCCCAGCCCGGCCCCCGGCGAGCCCUGGGAAGCAGGCAGCCCCCACGCGGGGCCAUCCCCGGCUUUCUUUUCGGCAUGUCCAGUCUGUGGAGGACUCAAGGUAAACCCCCCUCCUUGAGAGCCACAGAUCUGGCCUCGCGGCUGCAAAGGGGCUGAAUGUGCCCCCAGACGGGAGAGGAGGUGGCGCUGGCCUCCUUGCUCUGUGUUCUGUGGGAGGGACUGGGGGGUCUCCCGGAGAGGGGAGUUGGAGGGGGCGCCCUGUGGCUGCCAGUGGAGGAAGCGGCUGAUGGGGAGGUGAGUUCUGGGAGGCAGGGGCUCUGGGUCCGGCAGGUCGGGGUCACCAGAGCCCCAAGGCCCAGCUGCUUCACUCUGUGUCCCCCAACCCUGAGGAUCAGGCGGGUGCUGCAUCUCUGCUGGCUGGUGCCUCGCACUGGGGCGCCAAGGGCUGGAGGCCCCGCUGCUGGCCUUGUCCUCCUCGGGCCUCACGCCUGCUUCCCGGGUGGCCAGUUCUCCCCGUCACCUCUCUGGUGCAGUCACACCACCUGCUAAGCACCAAGCCACCACAGAGACCCCGGACACCCGGGCUCCGUGUGUGCUGGCCCUCGUCCCCUUCUAUGGGAGAAACUGAAGCUCAGGAGGCUGCGUGACUUGCGGGGUCUCUGGGGUGUGGGCCCUACUGCUCCCCGAUGAAGCCCUUGUGGGGAGGCUCUGGCAGCCCGCAGUGUCCUUGGAGCAGCCUCGCCUGCUGACCCCGCUGGGGGGCGCCGCGUGCCCCAGGUCCCUGGUGGGAGCCCCGCUGGCUCCCGUCUGCACCUCCUCGCGGGGCCAAAUGCUGCCUUGGCAUCUGGAGGCUCCGGGCCCUGUCCGUGUUUCCCCAGGCCCAGGGCUCAGCCCCGCUUGGUGCUCAGCAGCUCUGCGUCGGAGGCGGGGCUGCGUCUGGCCCAUUGUCCACGCCCUGGGUGGCUUCCUCUCGCACAGCCUGGAGCCGGCCCUGACCACGGUCCAGCAGCUCCCUGUGAACACCUCGCUUUGUCCCUUCGCUGUCGGCCGUUUCUAAACCCGGACACUGUUUGUAAUACAUUCUUAGACUGGAAAUAAAAUGUUCUUUUCUUA